UGAAACCUGUGUGUUGUCAUCACUGGUAAAACCUGUUCCAUCACCUUGAAUUAUCAUGGCUACCACACAGCAGUACGAGUCAAAGUUUAGGCAACAGAUGAGAGAGGAAUUCCUCUCCUGUAGCAUCUGUACGGAUACUUUCAAGAAACCGAAAGUUCUGCCCUGCCAGCAUACGUUUUGUUCGACCUGUCUGCGAGAUUGGGCCGAAGCGCGCAAGCCCUUCCAAUGCCCGAUGUGCCGUGUGUCAGUGGACCUGCCAGCUCAGGGCGUGUCGGGCUUUCAAGACAACCGUCUUGUGGCCGAGCUUUGUGAGCAGUUCUCAGACAAGCUUUCCACAAGUCCACCGAAGGCUGAGCAACGUAACCAAGGCAAAUGUUACUUCCACCCAGGGCAGGACAUAGCUUUGUUCUGCCAGCAGUGCAAGAUGCCAGCCUGCAACCACUGCGUCAACGAGAGGCACACAGGCCACACGUUUUGGAGUGUGGAAGAAGGGGCAUUCCAAAGAAAGGAUGUAUUCGCGAGCUUGAUCACUGACAGCCAUCGAUUCCGCGAGACGAUCGUUGGGAAGCUCCAGCACCUUGAGCACGGAGAGAAAAGGCUGAACCAGCAAAAGAAAGAAGCUGACGAGGGUGUCGCAAGGGUUGUGGCUGACGCAAUAGCGCAGCUACGCAGCUCCGAAAAAGUCCUGCUGUCUGAGAUUGACGAAAACUACCGUCAGAAUCUUGGACCCAUCAAACAGAAGCACAACGCACUACUCGCGCAAGUUGCUCAGCUCACAGAGGCAUGUGACGCUGCACGGCUCUCCCUGAGUCAGGGGGGUCGCGAGGCCCUAGGGCAAGAGGCGGCCCUGCACAAGAUGCUAUCGAGGUACCGAACCGACCCGUCGUCGCAGCUGGCGCCCAUACAAGCACAGGUUGUCACCUUCCAGCCAGCUACCAUCGACCUCCGCAAUCAAAAGUUAGGCAACCUUAGUCUCCAGUCAUUCANNCUCACUCCACAGACAGGUGGAUAUAGCCACCGUUAAGUCCGGGUCCGGGUAGCCCAACAAGUCCGGGGCCGGGUAGCCCAACAAGCCCAGGUCCUAGACUAACCAUCCCGGGGAUAGCUUCAACAGGUGCGACUGUUUCCCGCGCUCGUAAUAACGAGGUGUACAUCACCGACAAGAGGAACUGCCGGAUCCUGGUCUACAAUUUGCAGGGUGCCCAUAUCCGCCAUUUCACCACUUCUGUUCCAGGUGCAGCCGGCACGGAGGUGAUGGGGCCAGAUGAUGUCGAGGAGGAGGAGGCAGGGAACCUCUGGGUGGUGGGAGUUAUCGACAAAACACGUGACCAACUUGCCGUGCAGUAUGCUAAAGACUGCAGCUUCGUCAGCAAGAUAGACCUGAAGCUGAAAUAUCCAUCCUCGAGCCUAAGCAUAGCCGUGAACAAGAAAAAGAACUACAUCGUCCUGCCGUACGACGUCAGCCGUGACGCCGUCAACAUCUGUAAGCCGAACGGUUCUACUGUUCGACACGUCGGUGGCGGGAAACACGGCGUUAAGCAUGCCAGUGGAUUCGCUGUGAACAACGAUGGAAACAUCUACAUCUCCGAUGAUGAAAACCACAGCAUCUUCGUGUAUGACGGGAAGGGGAAAUUCCUGUUCAAGUUCGGUAGCUACGGUACCGGUGAUGGUCAGAUGAACCAACCCCGUGGCGUGUGUACCGACACAUCCGGCAACGUCGUCGUGGCAGACACGGGGAACCGCCGUGUGGAGUUGUUUGACGCUAAAGGGACGUUUCUCCGUCACAUCAGCGCCAACAUGAAUGCUCCCGUUGCAGUAGCAGUGGGUCAGCAUGGGCAACUGGUCAUCAGUGACAUUGGGAACAACGCCAUAUCUGUUUUCGACAGGUACUAAUCAUGAAUUUUCGGAGGACAUCCGUAGAAUGGUCAUAAAUACCAAAGGAACUAAGGUUCUUAACCUGCUGAAAACUCCUACUUGAAUGAUUCAGGUCAUCCUCCACAAACCACCUGAGAAAUAGGGUGAAAUAAGCACAUCGCAGAGUAGCGCCACAGGAUACGUGAAGGAUUCGUGUAACCGGGUAGUCAAACUGUGGGAUAUGUUCUUGGAAUAUGUAUGUAGCAAGAAAGUCCAUACUUUUUAGCUUAUCCUGUAAAGCAGAUUCAUAAACAGUAAUGAAAGCAUAUGCAAAGUAUGCAGCACAAAUAACCCCAUGUUCACAGUAACAAGCCCUGCCAAGACUGUCAAAUAAAACUGAAAGUUAUGUGCAAAGCAAGGAAUGCCAAUGAAACUUAAUGAAGAGGAAAUGUAGUACAUUGUACUAUUUGUACAUGUACUUCAGGGCAAAGCACCUCCCUAGCCUAUGUAUCGUAACUGAUAGAGGACACUGAGGGUGACAUGAACUCCAAGGCUACUGAUUGGUGAUUGGCAAUCCUGGACAUGCUAGUACAUAGUUUUCUGCUGUACAGACUCUCUUGUAUCAGUUCCUAACUAAACUUAUAGUGAACUCUUAUAGAUAAGCACUUUAAUUAUUAACUGACAAGUCAUAUGAAGGUUUUGACUUUUUGUUUUUCAUUGCUACAAAUCUUUCCAAGAUAUUGUUGGAUACCAUGAGUUGUUCAGUUCACUUUAAAGUCAUGCUAGUAUCUAAUAUUUGCUUUGCUACAACAGUGACAGGACAGGUUAAAGAGUGCAACAGAGCCUGGGGCAGUGUAAAUAGCUUUCAGUUUGUGCAGACAAAUAAUUAUAACCAGAGCAGUAACAGCAAGGUGAGAUCAAUGGGCUUUCAUUUUUGGAAUGGAAUUCAACAGCAUAAUUCUAUGUCAAAAGGAACAAUUUUAGAACUUAAGAUUAUCAGAAGCAUUAUAUAUUAGUUGUUCCUAUACUAUGAUGAUAUCUUAUUCUUACCUGCCACAAUGAUGUUUACCAUAUCUAUUCACAUUACAUUUGUACUCACAGUCUAAAAUUCUUCUUCAUAAAAUCUUAAAUGGAAGUAAACUGAUAUAGUAUAUAAAGUAUAUACCAUUGGGUAACAUUAUACAUAUAUAUACAAACAU